AUGCUGCCCGACUCGCCCAUAGCGGCCAAGUGCUUCAACGAGGACCAGAAGCGCCUCAUGGUUAAGCGUGUGCGGGCCAACGAGACGGGCAUUCAGAACAAGACGUACAAGCGCUACCAGAUGAUCGAGACCGUCACCGACCCCGUCGUGUGGUGCUACGUCAUGCUUCAGGUCACUUCCACCCUCAUCAUUAGCGGGCUUGGCGUCUUCUCCAACCUCAUCAUCUCCUCGUUCGGAUUCACGUACCUGCAGACGCAGCUCUUAAACAUUGCACAGGGUGCCGUCACCAUCAUUGUCAUGGUUAGCAGCGCGACCUUAGCUACUUAG